AAACGAUCGGCGGGUGAAAGCUUAAAUACGAACGAAGCCCAUCUCUCGUUCCAAGUCUCUUCUAGCAGCCCAAUUCAACCCUGGCUUUUAACUAAACAAGCCCUCUCUUUUGUCGCUACUACUCGAUAUUACCUAGAUUCUACCUACAUACUGUUCUAGUUCCCUUUAUCCACUAUCUACCAGCAGAAAAAAACACCUGCCCGACAAUUUGCAGUCAUGUCAUACAAUAGCGGUUACGGAAACCAACAGGGUGGUGCGAACUCUUCGUACUACAACAGCGGUGGCCCUCAGAACCAAGGUCAGAACCCAUAUGGCGGGCCACCGCCGCUGAACGGCCAGCAGCAGGGAGGUCCUCCUCCCAGCUACAACCACGGUCCCGGUUUCAACCAGGGCGGUAACCACGGCCCGCCACACCACGGCGGGCCCGGUGGUGUUGGUCAGGAUGGUGAGCGUGGCAUCCUGGGCGCGAUGGGCGGCGGUGCCGCCGGUGGGUUCGCCGGCCACAAGAUGGGCCACGGCAUUCUCGGCGCCAUCGGCGGAGCCGUUGCUGGCCACUUUGCCGAGGAAAAAGUCAAGGAUUGGAGGGACGACAAGAAGGAGGAGGAGGAGAGGCGUAAGAGGGAAGAGGAGGAUAGGCGCAGGAGGGAAGAUGAUGACAAACGCCGACGGGAGGAAGACGACCGCCGCCGCCACGACAACAACAACAACAACAACAGGGGUUGCUCUCCGCCCCGGGGCAACUAUGCCGGCAAUUUCUCGGGCUCGUCCCGCGACAUUUGCCUGGAUGGUGCCCGCCUGCGGGCCGAAUGCCGCCGCGGUGAUGGAGGCUACAGCACCAGCGUGAUUGACCUGAACCGCUACCUCUCCAACGACAACGGCCACUUCCGCUGGGUCUCUGGCGGCGGUGGCGGCGGCGGUACCGCGACCGUCACGGUGCAGCAGGGCGAUACCCUGCGGGAUAUUGGAAGGAGGUUCGACUGCGACUUCCACGAGAUCGCCAGGAGGAAUAACAUCCAGAACGAGGACCUGAUCUACCCGGGCCAGGUGCUGCAGGUCCCGACCAAGGGUGGCUCAGGCGGCGGUGCCGGCAACUUCUGGGACUCUGCACGUGAUGUCAGGCUCGUAGAUGGAGGCAAGGUUCUCGAGGCAGAGCUGCGGUACUCGGGAGGAUGGAACAGGUCUCGCAUCUACCUGGAUGAGCACAUUGGAAACAGGAACGGCGAGCUGAUCCACUGUUAAUUAAUCUGUCGGAAUGGUUGGCAAUGUGAGUACUGAUUAGCCGUCAGGAAAGUGGGAGGCUAAGAUUGUAAAAUAUGAAAAUGAGGAA